GAAUCGUUUGAAAACAUUCAUACCAGAACAUUGAACACAUUUGAAUAGUAAUUAACCAACCAAAGCUUACAGGCAACUGCUAGCUAGUUAGUCAGAUAGUUAUGUUACAAAUAAAAAUGAUGGAUUUUAAAUCCUGUACAAAGAUAACAGAUGCAAGAACUUCAACACCUCGUCAAGUCAAAACCUCAGACUUCCAUAUGAUCAGGUAAAUUAAAGGCCACCAUAAAAUCAUUUUCAAGGAGACACAAGAAACAGACUGAAGACAAAAGUAGAAGACAAAAGCCAUUGUCCAAGCCUGGACUGUCUCUGGAGAAAAAAAUUGAACAGGAGAAGCGGAGGAGGCAUGUUCUGAUUAAUGAGCACAACAGAUUAACGUUUGCCGUGAAGACAAAAGAGGCUAAGUUGAAGGAGCUGCAAGAGCAGCUAAAAGCAAUGAGCCUUCAGCCUACAAAUUACAACUGUGAAGACACAUGUGAGCAGCGUAUACGACAGCUGGAGAACAACCUGGAUAAGAUGAAGCUGAAGACCACACAGGCUAAGAGAAUCCAGACGGCCUAUUGGCACAUUCUUGAGCACCUGCAGCAGGAGGUCCGUGGUAUGUACAAGGUCCUGGACCAGAAAGCGCAUGCAGUUGCCGUUGGACAGGCAGAGGUGGACAAAGCAACCCAAAAGUUCCAGUCAGCAGCAGCUGCUGCAGAUAGCACACUGGGCAAAAUGGUUUGGGUGGAAAAUGAGACAAUGGAAAAGAAAAGUAAAAUGGAUAGUGAGCUGGGCGAACUGACGGCAGAAGAAAAUGAGCUGAAACGGAACAUGAAAACACUUGGACGUCUUAGCCCCAAAGGGCAGAGCAGGCUGAAGGAGCGGCAGGAAAUUGAGGAAAAAGCACAGUCAAUUCCUGUCACAGAUCAUCAGUACUAUGACAUCUGUGGUGCUUCCCAGUCUGACAUGAAACUGGUAGAGGAUAUGGAGGCUCUGAGAGAGAUUCUGGGCUGUGCUGACAUACAGGAUCUAGUUAACAAGGUGGUGUCACAGCAAGCCACCAAGGAGCAGCUCCAAACUGAGGUAACCCACUGUGAGGAACUCGUCAGGCAGGAGGCCAAAACCCUGGCUGAUCUAGAGCUCCUGAACACAGAACUCAAGUUCAAUGCCAAACCUACAACUACAAGGUUUGACAAGCUGAAGGAACAAAUGCAGCCAAAGCUGAGUCAGAAAGUGGAUCAUGUUCAGCGACUUCAGGCCAAGCUGCAGCAGUCUCAGGGUCUGUUGGACACUGUUGAGCAGGGGGUGACCAAUGUCUACUUCAGGAUGAGCUGCGUACCUGUGGAGACAAGAUGGAAAAGAGAGGAGCAGUCGUAUAAAAACAGCCGACAUGCUCGAUUUAAAGCCAGAAGCCUCUACUCACCCAUUCAGGAACUCACUGCAAGGCAAACUCCAACUCCCAAAGUACCGGUACUUUCGGAAAGUACUACCCCCCGAGCAGGAACUUUUUUGGGGGGGUUGCCCAGCGCGUCCAGUACUAACAGCACAGACAAACUGGGGGACAUCAGCGCCCGUCUACCAACAUUACUGCAAAUAGCCUCAAAGCAGAAACCUGAGAUCAGCGGUCUGGACAAAGAGAGGGUUUACAGUUUGCUGGAACAGCUCAACAUGAUGGGGAUGAGGAACAACAAGAGACAAACUACCCCUCUAGACACUCCCCAGCUUAGUGAGGAUGAAGAAGAGUGCGUUCCGUCCCGCGAGGACAUCAAACGCAACAGCAGUAAACUGAUUGAAUCCAAGCAGAAGAAGAAGAAUAAGUCCUCGAGGAAAGGCAAGAGGAAGCAGUAGAGAUAUAGACCACAGAGUGGGUAUAAAAAGGCUAAUGAAAUAAACAAUAAAGAAGCUAGAAGUU